CUCUCUCUCUCACCCGACCACACACAUUAACGCAUGCAUGCCGCACCUUCCCGUCCCCUCACCGCCGCCGCACGCCACUGCCGCUGCCUCCCGUCACCACUAGCGGCGUGACACUCAGUGCACCAUGACGGCGGUGUAUAUAGCGCUCCCAGCCGCCGUGUCGGGCAGCCUGCGUUGAGAUCAUGUAUUGGACACAGAGUGUCCAACUAUGGGCCGCGGCAGUGGUGGUGGUGGUAGUGAGGCCGUCCACUGCUACCAGAACGCCAGCCGCUGUGAGCCCGCCAGCUACCAAGCACGAAGUCAUUACAGUCAAGCACCACAACUACACCCUUCCUAUUCUACUGCUGAGGAAAGAUAUAACUCCCUCCUCCACUCAUAAUACUCACAGUAACCCUUCUCCUAACCCCGUGGAAUAUGUGGAGAAAGACGUGGCUGUAGUUUCCUCAUCCUCUCAUAACGUCAACCAUUCUUCCAACCCCGUGGAAUAUGAGGAGGAGCACGUGGCUGCCGAUGACCACAAUUCGUCGUCUGAAGAGUACAAAGAGACGCCUUCAAAUCUCCCAACCUUCACACAAGAUGAGAGCACAGAUAAUCUAUUAGUCCCGUCAGAAAGUGAUGCUCCUCUAUUGGAAAGUGGCCGAGUGGAGACUAACGCCAAGCUUCCUGUAAACAGUACAAAGAUCAGUGAACCUCCGAAGCCCAACCUCGAAGUGCUUCGGUAUUUCAGACAGCUGAUCGAAGACAUCAACUCCGCUUCUGAGUCUGGGAAAGAAGUGUACGGAAUACCAUCAGUAGCGGAGGGAGAUGUCAAAUCACCCUCCAACGAAAGUGACAUGCAGCAGUCAGUGUCUGUGCCAGUGCCCUACCUGCUUGAGCCAGAAGCCGCGCCUCCUACAUUACUCUACAGUUUUCCUUUAGAUUCUGUCCUAUCGGCGACGGGAGUAAGGAAUACAUCAAGAUUACCAGACGAGACAUUAGAUGGAGCCACACCUGCGUCAGCCAAAGACUUUUCCAUCACAUUCGAGUCCCCUGUCACCCUCAUUGCUAAGUCUUCCUUGCAUCAUUCCACAGACCAGAUUUUCACGCCACAGGAGGACAACAGGACUCACCACGACUCUCCACCAAGGCUCCGCUUCCCGGGAAACACCAACCACUCGCGCCUGAAUCUGGAAGGGGAGGAGGAGCUGGAGUCCUCCGCGUCUGAUGCCAGAGAGGUUUACUACGCCCACCUGCCGCGACCAUCUCUGACCAACGACCACCUCCCUGCUGCCCUCUACCAGUAUGACGGGGUUUCAUCACACCUCGUCCCUGAUCCUAAGACAGUGCCGCACUACGCCUUCGAGUACGUGAUGCGGGAUCCACUACACGGCGGCCUGCACGGGCACUCGGAGACUCGCCGCGGCCAAGACACCCACGGCCGCUACUUCGUGUUGCUCCCCGACGGUCGCUUGCAGACGGUGACCUACAUCGCCAACGAGCGCGGCUACUUCCCCCAGGUCGUGUACACCGGGGACGCGAAGCCUGCCAUUACCAUCAAGACUCCUCACGAAAUACAAAAGCCAUUCCAUCAAACUCUAAAGCCUUUUUACUUCAAGGACAAGCUGGUGAUGCCACACGCGGUGCUCUUCAAACCCAAGUCAGCGUAUCUGAUCAAGUACGGCAAACCAUUCCCUCUCCACUCACACUCCUCACAUGGUGUUUCCCUAAAGCCGAAGUACGUCACACCGACACCUAUCCAGCCUUUCCUCAAGCCCACUCACUCCCCGGGUCCCACAUCCUUGCCUCACACGGGUUAUGGUUCACCUCCUAUCCCUAUCUUUCCCCCUGGACCGCACCAACACCUUCCUGGUCCUGCUCCAUCUAUUUCAGUGGUGUCAGGAUCUCCUCUAUCACCCUUUACCCAUUCCAGUACCACAGUGUCCCCUAAACCUUCUCCUCAUCCCAUCCGUCCCACGCUGGGCUCUGUCAUCUCCCCUAAGCCACAUAUAAUCACGAAAUCACAACAUAGUCCCUUCUCAGAGCCACCUUCCAUUACCACAACACAUUCUAAAGUCUCCCAUUUUUUCCCUCCUGUUACUCCUGCCACUCCUAAACCGCCCUAUCGUCCCGGCAUCACUACUACAAUUAAGCCUGACUUCUUCCCUCACCACUCAACUACUAUAACGACUACAUCACAUCCUAAGCUACCGCCUCUGCUUUCAACUUUUACUCCCACCCCAGAGCCUUUCUUUCAUCCUACUCACUCCUCUACUAAGCCUGGACUUACCCCUCAUCCUCAUCCUCAUCCUCACAUCGUUACAACCUCUCACUCCUCUACAGUCACCCCUCAUCCUCACCCUCCUACUAUCACAACACUUCAUCCAGACUCGCCCCCCUUCCUCCCUACCAUUACUACAAAGAAACCGGGUUUUACUCCGUCCCAUCCCGCUCCCGUUAUAACCUCGAUAGACUCGCAUCACCCGCCUCACAUCACAACGUCAUCACCACAUCACUCCUCGCAUCCUCCUCUUAUCACCACGUCCCUGCCUAAGUUCUCUCAUCCCUAUUCUUUCCUUAGUACAAGCGGACCGAAAGUCACACACCAUUCCUCUGUCGUCACCUUGCCGCCUCCACCAUUCUACCCCACAUCACCGCGACCCACGCCAUUCCCUCCCAGUGUCAUCACCACAGCAGGACACAAGCCACAUCAUCCAUCUUUCCACCACAAUCAUCACCACAUUUCAGACCACGACGUUCACUUUCCCUUCUCCAGUGGGUUCCUCGACACUCAUGGAUCAAAGACAGCAAUACCUUCUGUCACUACCAGUAUCGUCACGCCAGAUCCGCACAACCAUCUGACGAUAUUUGAAUAUAGUGAACGACCACGCCGCCUAGCAACCACCACCGCCACUACCACCACCGCCACCUCCACCAGUAAGGAGCGCAAGCCAACCCUCAAGCCAAAACCUGUAUUCACAUCAACAGAAUCAUCAUCAGAAUAUCUCUACGGGGAAAAUCUCGAGAAGACGAUUUUCGUGACCGCGCGGCCGGAGUCUGGAGAGAAGCAACACAAGGAUUAUAGAUUGCCAAAGUCACGCGAUGUUCUCAAAGAUUCAUUUCUGGCGACCUUGAAACCUGGUAACUUCGAGCGCACGUCUAAGACAUUCAUCACCACGCCAGCGACUUACACGUCCAGAGAGAGUCGUGAGGACCCACCUGGAACUCCAACCCCCAAACCACGUACGCCAACCCCAGCAUCCUUCCACACUGUUUCCGACGUGCGGGUCACCACCACUACCACUCCUAAUGACAUCGAUGGUUCCUAUGAGACGCCUUUUUCACCUUCCAAACCUAUUUCCAUUGACUUCACGCCGAAGAGACCACCACUGGCGUACAAUAACCCCUCGGUGCAGUCACAGGCACUCCCGCUAUCCUACCACGCAGAUCCUCAUAAGUACUCCAUAGGUAUCAGAGUGAAACCCCGUACUCCUCCUGCUUCCCUUUCGCACGGUGUUCUGUACCGCUCUAAUCCAGUGUCGCCGUCUUCACAUAACAACAAUUCUCCAUAUCACAGCACACGCUUCCAGUCUUACUUAGAUACAGCACUUGGCUCCCCACAGUCCAGGGAGUCUAUAUCCUUUGCUCCAGCCUCUCAUGAUGCGAGUGUCAAUCCUUACCUUGAAUCUUUCCUUCAUCAUCAAGACUUACUAAUCACGCCGUGGUCAAAUGUCCCCCAAACUCUCCCCUCGAUGAACAAAGAUUCUUACCACGCGAGACUCUUCGACCCUCACACCAGUUCGGAAUCCUCGGAGCAGCAGCAUCACCAGACACAAUUGCAGUCUUGGAGACCACUCGCAGGUCCUGUUCGCUUUCCCUCCGCGAGUUACACUCCAUUCCCUUCUUCUUCAGUCAAGCGAGCAGCUCCAGCAAGUUAUCGGCGCUAGAUGACUGCAAUGUUUUGCUUGCUGCUUGUGUCUGUGUGGGACGUCUCCUGCCAGACCUGUCACUCACCCCGACCACGCAAGACUCGAGGAAGACGACACCACUUAUUGCUUUGAUGAAUACAAGGCGAGCAUUUUUCUGCAGGUUAUCUGCGCUGGGUGAAUUCUGUCUAGUUUGUUGUUGGGAUCUGUGGAAGACGUGUUCACCUGCCAGGCCUGUCACUUGCCUCGAUCAUGCAAGACUCGAGGAGGACAACACUUACUUACCGCUUUGACCGAUACAAGAGGAAAGGAACACAUGUAAACUACCUGCAAUUUAGAUACUUAUGUAGACGUGAUGAGGGAGGGAUAGGAAGGGAAGGGAAAAGGGAGGAGUUGUAGCACAUUCGUAAUGAGUUUCUUUUUUGUGGUUGGUCAGUAAAACAGCAGGAAAUAAUGAUGAUAAGGUUUAUUAGAAUAAAGACAUAAAUGUU